AUGACUAUCCCAGAAGAGGUUGAUAUCAUCAUCUGCGGUGGCGGCAGUUCGGGAUGUGUCCCUGCGGGCCGCCUCGCGAAUCUUGAUCACAAUCUGUCUGUGUUGUUAAUUGAGGCAGGCGAGGAUAACUUGAACAAUCAAUGGGUGUACCGCCCUGGUAUAUACCCCAAUAACAUGAAGCUUGAUUCGAACACGGCAUCGUUUUAUCAAUCUAGGCCAUCUGAGCAUUUAGACGGUCGCCAGGCUAUUGUUCCAUGUGCCAACAUUCUUGGAGGUGGCAGUUCUAUUAACUUUAUGAUGUAUACCAGAGCGUCUGCGUCCGAUUACGACGAUUUUCAAGCAAAAGGUUGGACAACCAAGGAACUUCUUCCAUUGAUGAGGAAGCACGAAACGUACCAACGUGCGAGCAAUAACCCGGAACUGCAUGGCACGGAUGGACCUAUCAAGGUCUCAUUUGGAAACUAUACGUACCCGAUCAAGAACGACUUCCUUCGCGCCGUGGAGACGCAAGGAAUUCCAUUCACUGAUGACUUGCAAGAUUUGAAGACUGCCCACGGUGCAGAACACUGGUUGAAGUGGAUCAAUCGUGACACAGGACGACGAAGUGAUGCGGCCCACGCCUAUGUCCACAGCACCCGAGCCAAACAUACCAAUCUCCACCUUCAAUGUAAUACCAAAGUUGAGAAGGUGAUUGUUGAAAAUGGUCGUGCUGUGGGAGUAGUGACAGUCCCGACUAAGCCUCUCAACGGCGGAGAGCCAGUUCGCAGGAUCUUCAAGGCCCGGAAGCAAAUCAUCAUCAGUUCGGGUACCAUGAGUUCCCCACUUAUUCUUCAGCGGUCCGGAUUUGGUGACCCUGAGAAGCUGCGCCGGGCUGGUGUCAAGCCCCUGGUCAACCUUCCAGGCGUGGGCCGAAACUUCCAAGACCACUACCUUACUUUCUCCGUUUACCGCGCCAAGCCCGACGUCGAGUCCUUUGAUGACUUCAUUCGUGGAGACCCCAAAGUCCAGAAGAAGGUGUUCGAAGAGUGGGAUAAGAAGGGCACCGGUCCAUUGGCCACUAACGGUAUCGAUGCUGGGGUCAAGAUCCGGCCUACCGAGCAAGAGCUCGCAGAGAUGAAGAAGUGGCCUACGGCAGACUUUACAGAGGGGUAUGAGUCCUAUUUCAGAAAUAAGCCUGAUAAGCCUGUCAUGCAUUACUCAAUCAUUUCUGGCUGGUUCGGAGACCACAUGCACAUGCCUCCGGGCAAGUUCUUUACAAUGUUCCAUUUCCUGGAAUACCCAUUCUCACGUGGGCACACCCACAUCCAGUCGGCUGACCCUUACGAAGUCCCGGACUUUGAUGCAGGUUUCAUGAAUGACAAACGUGAUAUGGCCCCUCUGGUCUGGGGAUAUAUUAAAUCCCGUGAGACCGCCCGGCGCAUGAGCUCGUACGCUGGAGAGGUCACUGCCAUGCAUCCUCAGUUCGCCUUCAACUCAUCGGCACGGGCGCAAGAUAUGGAUUUGGCGACUACCAAGGCAUAUGCCGGCUCCAAACAUAUUUCUGCUGGUAUUCAACAUGGUUCUUGGACCACUCCAUUGGAACCCGGAAAGCAGCCUUCGGCUUCAACUCUUAACUCCAAUAGACAUGAAGCUCGUCCUUCUUUGGAGUACAGCAAUGAAGAUAUCCAGCACAUUGAGAAGUGGAUUUCCCGUCAUGUUGAGACAACCUGGCACUGCCUUGGCACAUGCAGCAUGGCACCGCGAGAGGGCAACUCUAUCGCACCCCAUGGAGGCGUUGUUGACGAGCGCCUCAAUGUUCAUGGCGUCAAGGGCCUCAAGGUUUGCGACUUGUCUAUCUGCCCUGACAAUGUGGGUUGCAACACCUUCAGCACUGCUCUCCUUAUCGGUGAAAAGUGCGCAGUUUUGGUUGCAGAGGACCUUGGCUACUCUGGGGCCGAUCUGGAUAUGAAGGUCCCUACUUACCAUGCGCCAGCAGAAUUCUCCAAUCUUUCUCGCCUUUGA